CACCAGACCGCCUCCAUCUCGUAUCGCCAGCGACCUUUUACCCACUUCAUCGCUUCCCAUUCCUCACCUUCCUCGCCCUCGCUGCUCUCCGCCGCCGGCGCCGUGGACGCUGAGGCCGGCGGUACGAUCGAGCGUUCGCCGGGCACGGGGAUCCGGGAAGCUGCAUCUGCGUCCUUGAACGGCCUCGGCGACUUUUUCGCCGUGUCUCCCUCCAGGCACAGUUUGAGCCACUAUUCUAUCUGCCUCUGCAUCUCGGCCAUUCGGAGCUCAGAUCUCAUCCCAACGAAUCUGCAGCCGGUCGCAGCUACUCCUCAUCGGCGAUGGAUUUCAUCAAGGUUUUCGAUCAGACUGUGCGCGAGAUCAAGAGGGAGGUCAAUCUGAAGGUGCUCAAGGUCCCCGAGAUCGAACAGAAGGUACUUGAUGCCACAAGUGAUGAACCUUGGGGCCCCCACGGAACUGCUCUUUCAGAGCUUGCACAUGCUACCAAGAAGUUCGCGGAGUGCCAGAUGGUAAUGAAUGUUUUAUGGACUAGGCUGACUGAGAGAGGCUCAAAAUGGCGUCAUGUGUAUAAGGCAUUGACGAUUAUUGAGUACUUGAUAGCCAAUGGUUCUGAGCGGGCAGUUGAUGACAUUCUUGAUCAUUAUUCUAAGAUCUCUGUUCUUUCAAGUUUUGAGUAUGUGGAACCUAAUGGAAAAGAUGCUGGAAUAAAUGUGAGGAAGAAAGUAGAAACUAUUUUGGGCAUCCUAAAUGACAAGGAGAGAAUAAAGGCUGUGAGAGACAAAGCUUCCAGUAAUCGUGACAAGUAUGUUGGACUAUCAUCCACAGGGAUAACAUAUAAAUCAAGCUCAGCCUCAUUUGGUAGCAACUACAGUUCAGGCGAACGUUAUGGGAGUUUCAGUGGCACAAGGGAAUCUGACUCAUUUGGUGACAGUUACAGGGACAGAGAACUUGUUAAAACUUCCACAAGUAAUACUGGCAGCCAGAAAUCUGGCAGCAAGUUGAGAAAGGAUGCGAAGCCUGAUAGAAGAAAUGAGGACUAUAAUUCGCCCAGCUCCUUGAAGCCCCCAUCUAAUACAAACAGCAACGAGGAUGACUUCGACGACUUUGAUCCUCGUGGAUCGUCUUCAAAUGGCAAAGCUAAUGCUAAGACUAGCCAGGUGGAUCUUUUUGGCCCAAACUUGAUGGACGAUUUCAUUGAUGUGUCUGCAGCAGCUCCAGCAACAAAUAACGCUGUAGAACCUCAGGUCGAUCUGUUUGCUGAUGCAGAUUUCCAAUCAGCAACCGCAAGUACAGAGACAGCUGCACAUCCAGAUGUCCAGGACAAUGUUGAUCUUUUUGCGGAAAAGCCAACCUUCGCUGCAGCAUUUCCACCACAGACUGGGUUUAUUCCACCACCCAGUUCUGGGACAUCUUCUGAAGUAAAUACUUCCAUGUCCAAGAAUACAACUCCUGAACCUUUUGAUCCUUUUGGUGCUGUUCCUUUGAACAGUUUUGAUGGAUCUGAUCCAUUUGGCACCUUCAGCUCCAAUGUUGGAUCAUAUACUGCACCACCACCUGCACAGAGUUCUACUGCAAAAAUCAGCACAUCAAGCCAGAACCUUCAGGCUGCAUCGGACUUCGGUGCCUUUGUAUCGAACAGUGAGGAAGCAGCUAAAGACCCAUUUGAUAUUUCUUCAAGCAGCAUUGACGGGAAAACACCUUUGGCAGCUCCCAAGACUGAUGCAUCUGAUUUUGGUGCCUUUGUAUCUAACACAGAGGAAGCAACUAAGGAUCCUUUUGUUCUUUCUUCGAGUAGCAACCUUGGAAGGAUAGACCAAACACCCUUGGCAGCUCUCAAGCCUAAUACAAAGAAAGAAAACUUUCAGGUCAAGUCUGGCAUAUGGGCAGACUCCUUGAGCCGUGGAUUGAUUGAUCUGAACAUAACUGCACCCAAGAAGGUGAACCUAGCCGACAUUGGUAUUGUCGGUGGCCUCGGUGAUGGGUCCGAAGAGAAGGCUGCACCCUCUUGGACCAUGGGUGCAAGAUCUAGCCUAGGAAUGUCAGGCAUUCCAUCAUCUACACAAACCGGUGGCAUCGAGAGCUUAGCAAACUACAACAAGCAUCAAUUCGGCUUCAAAUGAGCUUUGAGCUUUUCGUACAGGAAAAUUUUCCAGUAGUUGCGGUUUCCUCCUCUGCCGGCCUGCCCCUUUUAUAUGCCUAUUGAUUCAAUUUCCUUUUUGUUCAUUUGGUGAUUUCAUCACAUUACAAUUUGCGUGGACCAAUCUUGGCCCGUGGCGUCACGCGUGAUGGUAUUUAUUGGGUUUGCGGGCAAGCAAAUCCCCACGCACACCCAGAUUCAGUUCGAUGAUACAUAUGGUUAUUAUGCAGCAUGUGUAAAUCCUGUGGCUUGCCUCUGCAUUUAUACAGCACCAUCUUUCAAUGCUUGAAUUGAAUUCAAUAAGAAUCUGUGCCCUUGUUGUUUA